CCGGCCCCAGGCCCCUCCUGGGCGCCGUCUCCCGGCAACCGCCCCAACAGCCGGUCCCGCAGCCAUGCUGGGCGCAGCCGGGCAGACCCCGCGGGCCUCGCCACCGCCGCUGCCGCCCGGCGCCCUCCGCGGCCUCUGCGCCUGGCUGGACGGGCUCCCGCUCAGCCGUCCCAAGCGCCACCUGGCCCGGGACUUCAGCGACGGCGUGAUGCUGGCAGAGAUUGUGAAGCACUUCCGCCCCCGGCUCGUGGACCUGCAUAACUAUGUCCCCACCUGCAACACUGACCAGAAACUCAGCAACUGGAGCAUCCUCAACAGGAAAGUCUUUCACAAGCUGCGUUUGUGGGUCUCAGAGACGGAUAUCCGAAAGGUGGUGGCCAACACGCCGGGAGCCAUCGAGCCCAUCUUGUGUGCAGUGAGAGAAAAAGUGACGGAUGGUGCUGCCCACCAGUGCCUGCUUGACCCAGCCGGCCCAGGACCCUCUGGCGGGAUUGCUGACAGACCACGGGCAGAGCUCACCGCCUCUCCGCACACUGGCUUGCCGGGCCCCACGGCGCCCUCCAGUGCGAAGACCCCACAGAGUCCGAGGACUCCAGAGAAAACAGGCUGCUGUGUGUGCACGGGUUGGGACCCAGCUGGUGGACCCUGGGGGCACCCGGACUCCAGAGUGCAGCAGCUACUGGAGGAAAAGGAGGAGGCAGUGGCCCUCCUGCAGGAGAUGGUCAAGAUUUUGCAGAUGAAGGUGGUCAGGCUGGAGCACCUGGUGAAGCUGAAGGACCAGCGGAUCGGAGAGCUGACGAGAGCUGGGGGCGAGCCCCAGUGACCACGAGUGGCAGCGGAGAAAGGCUCCUCCGAGAGGCUCGAGGGGCCACCCCUCCCAAGUCCACCAGACCUUGAACUUGAGCCCACACAGAACUCCCCCAGACCAGGGGUCCUUCUGCUUAUGGCUGUGCGCUGUCCAGCAGGCGCAGGGCGGGGACACCCAUGUCCAGAGUGCUUCAGGGGACCUCGGUGUGUGGACGUCCAUGCAGUGGAGGCCGGGGGUUCCAGCCCACCCCAGAGACCUGUUUGGAUAUGAAGACCUGGUCUCGUUCCCUUGA